GAUGCAGCAGCUUGCGAAGAGUGAGAGGAUGGCUAUCUAUCUGUCAAACAUAGCUAACAUUGUGCUCUUUGCAGCAAAACUCUAUGUUUCUAUUCAGGGCAGAUCAUUGGUGGUUAUUGCCUCAACAUUGGAUUCACUCUUAGAUCUCUUGUCAGGGUUUAUAUUGUGGUUCAUGGCCCAUGCCAUGAGAAACCCAAACCAGUAUCGUUAUCCAAUUGGAAAAAAUCGGAUGCAGCCAGUGGGAAUCAUUGUUUUUGCUUCAGUUAUGGCAACUCCUGGAUUACAAAUUCUGCUUGAGUCUGGUCGACAAUUCAUGGCAAAGACCCAGCCUGAAAAGGAUCCUGAGAAGGAGAAAUGGAUGAUUGGGAUAAUGGUCUCUAUAACCAUAGUGAAGUUUAUGCUUGUGGUCUAUUGUCAAAGGUUUAAAAAUGAUAUCAUUAGAGCCUAUGCUCAAGAUCAUUUUUUUGACGUUAUUACUAAUUCAAUAGGUUUGGCAGUAGCCAUCUUGGCCAUUCGAUAUUAUUGGUGGAUUGAUCCUACUGGAGCUGUUAUGAUAGCACUAUAUACAAUGAAUACAUGGACGAAGAUAGUCAUUGAGAUUGUCUGGGCACUGAUUGGAAGGACAGCACCGCCUGAAUUUUUGGCAAAGCUAACAUAUCUGAUAUGGAACCACCAUGAAGAUAUCAAGCACAUUGACACAGUAAGAGCAUACACUUUUGGUUCAAAUUAUUUUGUGGAGGUUGACAUAGUUUUGCCACGAGACAUGCUUUUGAACAAAGCUCAUGAUAUUGGUGAGUUGCUGCAAGAAAAACUUGAGCAACUCCCUGAAGUUGAGCGAGCUUUUGUGCAUACAGAUUUUGAGUAUUCUCAUAGGCCUGAACACAAUAUUGGGGUUUGAUGACAAUGAUGAUGA